CAGUUUACAAAGGGUUUACAAGACUCUAAAAACAAACCAGAAACUGCCAAAGUCAGGAAUCUCUUGUUUUUUUUCAAUCACAUCUUUCUCUCUCCACAAUAAUCCUAUAGAAAGAACAAAAGAGAGAGAAGAUAGUGAAUAAUGGAAGGCUGAUUUUCUUCGUGAAUCUAAAAGACAGUCACAGAGAGAUUUGAGAGCGUCAUAAUUUUAUAAAUCCAUUUCUCUAUCUCUUCCUCUCUCUCUGUAGCCUCUAACAAUGAAGAAAAGCUUCACUUCACUCCUCAUCAUCCUCUGUUCUCUCCUCUCUCACACCGUCUCAGCCAAUCUACUCCUCGAACCGGUCACACCCAACACCGUACCUGCCUUCCCGGUCGAAACCCAAGCUCAAACCUGCCGUCUUGACCUCUCCGACGAGCUCUUCGGCGGAGUCAACGAAGCAUGCGGGAGAAACCUCGACCGGAGCCGCUGCUGCCCCGUUCUCGCCGCUUGGCUAUUCGCAGCUCACGCUCGCUCUGCUCUCCAGUUACCAGCUCCUGCUCCGACGCCGGCGUCCUCCGACCCCGACGAGCCCAUGAGACCGGACGACUCUCAGAAGUGCGUCAACACAUUGCAGAGUGCGCUUCUGACCAAACACAUCAAGAUCCCGCAGCCUAGUCCUAACUGCGACGCGAUUCUGUGCUUCUGUGGGAUUCGUCUCCACCAGAUAAGCUCACUCUCUUGCCCCGCCGCUUUCAAUGUCUCCUCCGGUUUCCGAAACGCGACUCCGACCGCCGCCGUGAAGAAUCUUGAGAAGGAAUGUCGGAACUCAUCUUACUCUGGCUGUACCAGAUGCCUCGGGGCUCUUCAAAAGCUCAAGGUAAAAGGAGGAAGCAAGAAGACAACAACGGAGAGAGCGAGUAAGAUGAUGAGCAAAGAUUGUCAGCUUAUGGGACUCACAUGGCUACUUGCUCGUAACAAAACGACAUACAUUCCCACCGUUUCAGCUGUGUUAAGAGCCAUUAUGUAUAGUCCACACCCGCCUCACCUCAACAAGUGUAGUCCUGACCAAGAGAACAUGCCAUUAGCCGUUGACUCUCUUCAGUUCCAGAGGAGCCUUGCUGCUUCGUCAUAUUUUUCUGUGUUUCCGGUUUUACCCCUACUCCUCUGCAUUUUUCUCUUCUUGUAGUUUUAAAUUUAUUUUGUUUUUGGUCGGAGGGAAAGAGAGUCACGUGAAGCUACAAGACAGAUUAUGUGUGCAUGUAAAUGGCUCUUUUUGGUUUUGUAUCUCUAACCCUAAAAAAAAUUUAACUGUGUUUUGUCUAAUUAAACACAUUGUCCUA